CAAAACAAACGUCGCCCGCCCCUCAUAAAAGAGUCACCCCCCUCCCUUCCUUUCCUCACGAGUAAUUCAUUCCAAUCAACUAGCAAAAAUGUGUAAAGGAUUUCAACCAAACGAGAAAGAUCGCCUGAAAAUCAAAGGCUUUUAUCUCCAUUUAUCACCGACUGAAACCGUCUCACCGGAUUCUCUAACUCUGCAUUAUCUCCCUAGAAUUAGUGAGAGUCCAUUAGAGAUUAAUGAUUCCAAAAUCCGAUCCAAUUCCCCCGGUUUCGUUACGCUUUACCGGGUAGUAUCAGCUGACAAUGUAACAACGAAAGGUGUUAUUUACGGAAGCAGGGACAGAGUUAAAGCCAGUGAAGGAGUAAAAUUUGAAAUAUUCAUGGCUGAUGUAAAGCUCAUAAAAGGUAUUUUCAUGAAAGAUCUACACAACUGGAGAAUCGAUUGCAAGUGCGCUUUGUUGGAAAACGACGAUUUAAAAGUGAAAGGAGCAGAGGUGUGUGUGGCGGUGGAAGGACGCACCGCCGCGCCGCCGGAAGUGAUUACUGAGAAGGUGGAGAUGACGGUGAGAUCACGGCGGAGGAGCUGUUUUCAGAAGCUGGAGGAGAUUCCUGAACAAAGAGAAGUUGAAAAUGACGAGUCUACUUGUUGCUGCUCGGAGUGUGAAGGUGAAGAAGACGAUUCGGACGACACCGAUACGGCGGAGGGAGUUGGGUGGGCAGUAGAUGUAGGGAUAUGGGUGAUGUGCCUUGGGGUGGGGGUGGGCUAUUUGGUCUCUAGAGCUUCUUCAAAGAGCUUAAGGAGGAGGAGGAGAUUCCUAUAAAAAAACUCAUUGUUUUGGUUAAAUAAUCCUGCGUAGACAUUUUUUCCACCACUUAUACCUUAUAAUUUUAUUAUUCUGCUAGUAAUUUCUAACAAAUAGGAUAUAGAAAGUUUUGUUUUCUGCAAAGUAUUACAUUUAGGCUCGUUUAAUCCAAAAAUAAAUUAUUCUAGAAUUGUUACUUCA